AUGCAGCGAUGCCUGACUACCAACGACUUGACAUCGCUGGGCGUGGGCUCAUGCGUGGGCACCGGCAUGUAUCUGGUGGCUGGCAUGGUGGCUAGGAAGUUCGCUGGUCCAGCUGUCAUCUUUAGCUUCAUCAUCGCUGCUUUGGCCAGCAUCUUUUCCGGCGCAUGCUACGCCGAAUUCGGCGUUCGAGUCCCAAACACGACGGGCUCGGCGUACAUGUACUCUUACGUCACCGUCGGCGAGUUCGUUGCUUUCGUCAUCGGAUGGAAUAUGGUACUGGAAUAUCUGAUUGGAACGAGUGCUUGCGCUCGCGCAUUGAGCGCUUGUUUCGACUCUCUGGUCGACGGCGCCAUUGCUCGCGAAUUCGCAUCGGCUGUUGGAAUACUUGGACCUCCGGACUUCAUCGCGUUCGCUAUCACCCUGAUGAUGAUGAUGGUGCUCGUCGCUGGCGUGAGGAAGUCGAUCUUCUUCACCAAUGUGCUGAACGCCAUCAACUUGAGCGUCUGGGUGUUCAUCGUCACGGCUGGGGCCUUCUACAUCGAACCUAAGAACUGGAUGAAGAAAGGAUUCUUGCCGUAUGGAUGGAGUGGGGUGUUCAGCGGCGCCGCGACCUGUUUCUACGCCUUCAUUGGUUUCGACAUCAUCGCGACCACCGGCGAGGAGGCCAACAACCCCAAGCGCUCCAUCCCACUAGCCAUCGUGCUGAGUCUCGGCAUCAUCCUACUGGCCUACGUCAGCACCUCCUUUAUCUUGACGCUUGUUGUUCCCUUCGACGAGAUCGACCCCGACUCUGGCCUUGUGCAGAUGUUUGGCUACGUGCACGCACCCACGUGCAAGUACAUAGUCGCGCUCGGCGCCCUGGCCGGCCUCACCGUGUCCAUGUUCGGAUCCAUGUUCCCCAUGCCCCGUGUGGUGUAUGCCAUGGCCUCCGAUGGACUGAUCUUCAAGAAACUGGCGAGCAUCUCUGAGAACUCUGGCACACCAGCGUUUGCUACCAUCCUCGGAGGAGUGGCUGCUGCCAUCGUGGCCCUCAUGAUCCAACUGGAGGUCCUGGUCGAGAUGAUGAGCAUUGGUACCCUGUUGGCCUACACCCUGGUGUCUGCUUGCGUGCUGAUCCUACGCUAUCAGCCCACGUCUACCAACCUAAUCGAGCUGCUGCCCCAAAGCCUGAGGACCCCCGUAGAGCCUGAAGGAACUGCGUCUGGCCAACGCGAAACCAGCUUUGCGAGCACAAGCCAAGGCAUGACGAGCCAACACGUGAUGGUUCGCCGAGUGACUCGCAGCAGUUCCCCUGAUUCGGACGACUCAAUGGAUUCCCAUGCCGAAGACGAGAGCGACGGACGCGACGACACAUUCCUGGUGAAUUCCAACAACGAGAACAAAUUCUAUGGCGCUGUGCCCGGAGGCACUUCUGGCAACACCACCCGCUGUGGCCGGUUCUUCGGCGCCAUCUACCGGCAGCUCUACGCGAUGUCCUACCUCUGCCCUGGGUUCUUCCCCUGGGUUGACAACGGUCCUGCUACGAGUCAGUCAGGAAUGUUUGUGCUGAAGUCGUUCGCGACCAUGUUCGUGAUGAUCAUGCUGUUCGACGUGCUCGCUGCUUACUGCAGCCCCGGCUCCUCCACCUUCGUCACCGUGCUGAUGGUCAUCCUGCUGAUCGGCAUCAUCAUGCUCCUGCUGAUGAUUUCUAGGAAACCUCAAAACCGAGUGGGGCUGAUCUACGCGGCGCCCGGGCUGCCAUUUGUGCCGGCCACCGCGAUCCUGGUGAACAUCUACCUGAUACUCAACCUGUCCAUGCUGACCCUGGCUCGCUUCACCGUCUGGAUGGCUCUAGGAAUGAUCAUGUACUUCAAAUACGGCAUCAAAAACUCGACCCUCGAGACGAACCCUCCAGUUGUGACAGCCCCGACCCCCCCACCCCCUAACCCC